AUGCACAGCGCCAUCCUUCUUGCACUCGCCUUUCCGCUCAUCGCCUUCGUCUCAGCACAGGAUGCCUCCAGCCCGAUCCCAGCAAGAUGGGGUCAAGCUUCAGCCCUUCUCGGUUCCCUCUUAAUCGUCCAGGGCGGCAAGACGCAAGGCACCACAGGUGGAGGUUAUACCUACAACUCGGCGCCAAACGAUGCCCAGAUGUACACUCUCGACCUCUCAUUCCCUUUUGCGCUGUCAUCGCCGCCAUGGCAAAGCGUUUCAACACAGUCCUCGAGUAACGCCGCUCCACCUGUCUCUUUCCACACCAUCUCGCCACUAAACAGCACGUCGCUCCUGCUCUUUGGCGGUGAUGGAAGCCCUCUCGUUCCCGUUCCGACUGGCAACGAUUCAGCCUACAUCAUUCAUCUCGGUGGUUCACAGAGCAAUCGCACAGCAGCGUAUCAGCCCGUGCCCGCAUCUUGGAAUCAGCCCAUGCGCAGGAUGCAUCACACCAGCGAAAGCAAUGCUCAAGGCUCCGUCUGGAUCAUUGGAGGAGAAAGGGCAGAUGGCUCCGGGCUCAUCUUCGAUCAACAGUGGACCAUCGACACUACCUCUACCUCUCCUUCUUUCCAACUCAUCUCGUCACCUCCUCCCGGAAGUCUAGUAGGCUCCACCUCCACCAUGCUCAGCGAUGGGACUCUCUUGCUUCUCGGCGGUCUUGAUGCUUCAGGUCAGCUCCAGUCCAUGCAGAACCUCUAUGCCUAUUCCAGCAAGUCAAAGACGUGGUCACAGACAGUCACGCAGACCUCGGCCAACUCGACAAUAUCCACGCGCCAAUCAAAUUCCCCGGCGCCUCGUCGUGGUCAUAUUGCCGUCAGCCUUCCCAACCAGCGAGUCUUCAUCCAAGGUGGCGCAAGUGCGGAUCUCUCCACUGUUUACAGUGACGCUUGGAUCCUCGAUUGGAGCGUCAACCCACCCAUUUGGUCCAUGAUCGAUUCCACAGAUGGUCCAGGUCAACGAUUCGGUCAUUCGGCUGUAGCAUAUGGCAGAGAGAUACUCAUUUCUUUCGGAUGGGCGGGAGGUAAUGCAGCCACCUCCGGGCUCCACGUCUUUGACGCCUCCACUCUGACCCCCGUCGCAGCAAGCAAGGGCAGCUGGUCCGGCGGAAGCUGGUCUGCCACCAACUACACACCAGACCCGCAAAUGUCCACUGCCUCGACCGCACCUUCGUCCGGAACUUCAUCGCAACCAUCUUCGGAGUCCUCCAGCGGCUCAUCAGCCACGCCAAACGGCUCGAGCUCAAGCUCCGGAGGCGAUCUUUCCUCACCUUCCAGCAACUCAAAUUCUGGCGGCAGCAGCACUCCGAGUGAUACAAAUGCUGGCUCUGCAACCUUCCCAACCGGCAAUAACGCACCCGGCGACGGCGGCUCGGCCAACACCGAUAGCGCAGGGUCAGGCAGCAGUGCUGGUUCCAAAGCAGGCGCAGCCGUAGGAGCUCUUCUAGGCGUCGGUCUCGUCCUUGGUGGCGGUUACGCCGUCUACCGUCGCCGCGCUCUCAACAAUUAUCGCCGCUACGGCAACGGUUCGGUCGGUCUACUCGGCUUCGGAGACCGUCGCGCAGGCGAAUCGGCAGAUGACGACCUCCUCAUGGAGAAAGGCUAUUCUCAGAGCGACUAUGAUCGGCCAUACCAUCGUGCAGGCGGAGCUGGCGCCGUACACGACGUAGCUGAGCUCACAGGAGGUCUCGCUUACGGUAGGAGGCGUGGACGCAACGAAGGAUCGCCGUGGGCCGCCGCCAACCUGGGGCAUGCCAUGGAAGGUUCAGGUCCACACUUCCGCGAACGCAUCGCCAUCAUCGCUGGUCGAGGCAAACGAGAUACGCACCUGGGCCCUCGCUUCGACAUGCUCGCAGACGAAGGUGACAGUGUCUUCCGACCUCACGACGCCAGUGACUUGAAUGAAUCCUACGACCACGACUUGGACGAGGCAGAUGAUCCAGAGUGGCAUGACCGGCGCGUUCGGGAGCACUCGUAUGCCCACGUUGGGGAAGAAGACCUCUCCAUGGGCGAUCUUGGCUGCCAUCAACACGAAGAAGAGUACCACAACGAAGACGACAUGUACUCGCCCUUCGAAGAUCGUCCAGAGGACACCAAUCAUGGUCAAGGAAUGCUUGCUGCCGUUGCAACCGGGCUAUUCGCCGCACGAGGAUAUGGAAAGCUGGCAAAUCGAGAUCUGGAGGGGAGCUGGGAUGAUAAUGGUCGCUCCGAUGACGCGAAAUCCGAUCUCGACAUCCAUGAAGGUCCCUCAUCCGGACCAUCUGUUCAAUCGCACAGCACGACCAGCAGGAGCGACGUUCCGAGCUCUUCCAAGUCAUACGAUAUGCUAGCCAGUGCUGGCAUGCUCUCCUUUUCCGACGCGAGCCACGGUCGUCAGAGCGGGCAAAUCACGAUGAAACGCAGUCCUACUUGGUGGGAUCGAUUCAUGGGCAACUCGCUCGUAGAACGAUCCUCUUCCGGCCGAUUCUCUGCAAACCCACACGGAAACACCCCGAUCCGGGAUCCGGCGCCGCCUCCGGUGAGCGGUCUUGUAGCAAUCGCCGAAUCACCUCGUUCGCGCGAUGUGUCCGAAGCAUAUCCCCAGGACCCCUUUGCCGACUCAAGCGCAGCGAACCACACUGGCGGCCUGGACGAGAUGGGCCGUCGUGUUGGCUCUCAAACCGGCGAAGAAGCUCCUCCAUACAGCGCACACUCGCAGGGCGGUUCACUCUCAACCAUUGGAUCUGCACGCACUGGCGCUUCGUCACACUUUGAAUCGCGUCUUCGCGGGAUGGAUGUCAUCCAGCGCGUUCGUACGGGCAGCAGUCGGCGCACCCACUCAACACGAGCAGGAAGCUCCAUUAGCGAUACGGACAGUGAAGCGGCACUCAGUCGUGGACCUACGCUGCUCCGGCCCCGCAACAUUGCCAGUUCAGAAGCGCUGCGUGACGACGCGCAGUCUACACCUGGAUCUGUCGUAUGGAAGCCCGAAGAUUUCCAUCCUACCGUGAAGGGCUUGGAAGAUCUUGUGGAAGAGAACGGCGAGGAUGUCUCGAGCAACACGCAUCUGUCACCACCAACGCAGCAAGUCCGUCGACAACUCAACGUCUCGGAAACCCCUUCCAUCACGCCACUCACGACCAAGCGUGCACGACUCAACCCAGUCAUGGUCUCACCGCUCUUCCCAUCAACAAACCCACAACGUCAACGACCUACCGCCACCACAAGCAGCAGCGUCAAGGACAAGGUAAAAGCGUUCGAAUCCGUCACUGCCGACACAACCACUUCGGCCUGGAAUGCAAGUCUUUCCAGCGUCAAAUCGAAUCGAAUCGCCCACGCCAGUGAAGUGCAAAAGUCGAUCGAAAGGACGACUUCACCCGCAGGUUCCAUGGCUUCGCGCACACGGAAAGUGGUGACGCACGGCCUGGUCCCCCGUGCACAGCUGUUCGUCGCUAACCCUGACAACAGAGGUAGCGAAGGUUCGGGCGAUACCAGGAACGAUUCAUGA